UACCUUGGCGUGUCCGGUGUCACCCAUAAACGGAAGGAUCAGGAAUGCGCAGCACCCUAUCGAAUUAAUACAGCUGGUUGCUAUGGCAACACAAGGCAAUAUAGCAGCUGGGGUAUGGUUGGGGUGGAUUGUGGAUUCCAUGCCUGAAUGAGUAAACGUUGGGUACAGUGGGGCAGUAUUGAACGAAUUUGGCGACGUAACGGACGCACGUCACGUAGUCCGGAUACACGGAUUCUCCUAAGGAUUACCAAGUCAUUUUGAUUUUUGAUUCUCAAGAUCCGUACGGGCUCCGGUGCAUUGCAUUACAUAGUGAGGAGUGAGGAGUGAGUGAGCAGCGAUUGAUCAUGUCAGAGUUGACACUCAGCUCCAUCCGCUGUGAUACGCUGUCACGGGAAACAGCCGAGAAGCGGCUGCAGCAGCGGCGUCGCGCCCUUCUGGUGCUAGUUUUGGACUACCUGCGCAGUGAAGGCUACACCGAGGCAGCCGACGCACUAGUCACCGAGGCCCCGCCUGGCAUAAGAGAACACCGCGUCUGCGACAACACCGACCUCGACGUAGUGUUUCAGGAUUACGAGGCGUACUACCAGCUGCGCUACGGUCGGCUACCAAAAGUGACCAGGCGCGAUGGCGGCGGCGAGCCGAACGGCGCGUCCGGCGAGCCGCGCCGAGUGAAGCCGCGCACCCGGCCUCGCGCCGCCGUGCUGGGGCGUGCCGGCGACCCGACCCCGGCACCGGCGCCUGCAGAGUUCGCACUGCGCGGGCACGCAGCCGGCCGCGGGGAGGGCGAGGAGCAUGACGAGACGGACACAGCCGCCCUGCCGGGCCGGCGGCGAACGCUGCAGCUGCCGCCGCCGGCUGGGCCCGAGCUGCAGGCCAUGGCCGCUAUGGUGUCGCGCGACCUGUUCCUCGACGAGCCGGGCGUGCGCUGGGAGCACAUCGUCGGUCUCGAGUCGGCCAAGCGAGUGGUGCGCGAGGCGGUGGUGUACCCGCUGCGCUACCCGCGCCUGUUCGCCGGCCCGCUGGUGGCCCCGUGGCGCGCGCUGCUUCUGUUCGGCCCGCCCGGUAACGGUAAAACGCUGCUGGCCAAGGCGGUGGCCUCCGAGUGCCGCACCACCUUCUUCAACGUGUCGGCGGCCACGCUGGUCAGCAAGUGGCACGGCGACUCGGAGAAAAUGGUCCGGGUGCUGUUCGAGCUGGCGCGCGCCCACGCGCCGUCCACCAUCUUUCUGGACGAGCUGGACGCAUUGAUGGGUCAGCGCGGCGCGGCCACCGAGCACGAGGCGUCGCGUCGGCUCAAGUCGGAGCUGCUGGUGCAGCUGGACGGACUGUCGGCCGGCAGCCACGGCGCCGCGCCGCCGGCCGUGUUCGUGCUGGCCGCCUCCAACCUGCCCUGGCAGCUGGACCAGGCGCUGCUGCGCCGGCUCGAGAAGCGCGUCCUGGUCGGGCUGCCGUCGGAGCGCGAGCGGGCGGCCGUGUUCGAGCGCUGUCUGGCCGACUGGCCGCUGGCGCCAGGCCUGUCGUUUACGGGCGCGGCCGCGGCCACCGAAGGCUACUCGGCGGCAGACAUUCGUCUGGUGUGCCGCGAGGCAGCCAUGGCGUCGCUGCGCGCCCUGCUGCGGCGGCUGGAGGGGCGCGCGGGUCAGGCCGGCGCGGCCGACGGCGCCCAGCUGGCCCGCUCGGAGCCGCUCACCGAGCAGGACCUGCUGACGGCGGUGAGCCGGUGCCGGCCGGCCGGCGCCGCCCACUGGCAGCGCCACCUCCACUGGAGAGAGACGUUCGGCGCCGAGUGACACGGUGAGCCGGCCCGGCGAGCAGCGCCGACCCGCGGAGGCACACCCGACCAGCCCAGUGCGGCACUUCUCAGACCUGGCUGAGCAACCCACACAGCGAUCGCCGUUCACUGCCAGCUUCACGACGGGCCGCAAUGGACUGUGGAUGUUACACAACACAACUGCAAUGUAUCCAUCGCUGUGCCACGACUGCAAUAACGAGUGCAUUGUUCAGCUAAUUGUGCUGAUACAAAGAAACGCAACAAAGGAUUGUUCAUGAGACCGGUAAUGCUUAAGUGGUAUCACAUUUUGCCAAGUGCCUUUUGAAAUAGGUUAAGUUUUAGUUCAUCUCCGCCAAACUUCUAGCCAAUUCAAAAACGCAAUUCACAAAAUCAAGACACAUGCACCGAUUUA